AUGACUAUGCAACAUAAUAGCCAGUUUUCAGUCAUUCAGUUUAGAUCCACUCAGUUCCUCAUUUCAUCGCGUUUCAGGACACCUCUUAACAAGCUCUCCAUGUCUGAAAUACUUCAACUAGUCAGGAAAGAAACGCAAAUUUACGCAAGAGCAAACGUAGACGGGAUAAUUGCUGAAAACAUGCACGACUUACCGUAUAUCAAGCAACCUGUUGGUCCAGAAAUCAUUUCGUCUAUGACAGUUGCUUGUCAAAAAGAUAUGCUGCUUGGUGUACAGAUCUUAGCCGCGGCUAACAAAGAGGCCUUGGCAGUUGCUCGCUGUACAGGUUUCGAUCUGAUACGUGCAGAAUGUUUUGUUUUUGCUCACGUAGCUGAUGAAGGAUGGAUGGACGGAUGUGCUGGAGAUCUCGUACGCUAUUCUCGUUCGAUUAACGCCGAUUCUAUCGCUAUUAUUACAGACGUCAAGAAAAAACAUUCAUCGCAUGCCGUCACUGGAGACUUGACAGUUGGUGAAGAGGCCCGAGCAGCGGAAUUGUUUCUUAGUGAUGGCAUCGUUGUGACAGGGCGAUGUACAGCAUGUGCACCGGAUUUGGGAGAUAUCGAAGUGCGAUCAACAUGCUCGUUGCCAAUAUUUGUGGGAUCCGGCGUCAACGUUUCCAAUGCUGAUCAAUUUGUAGGAGUGGAUGCUUUUAUUGUUGGUUCAGAUUUUAAAAAAGAUGGAAAAUGGAUGAACGAAUUGGAUAUAGAGAGAGUUAGGUCGUUCAUGAACAGAGUAAAUUCAUUUAAGUAG